UACUUUUUUCAUGAGUAUAAGUUGCUUUGGUCAAGAGUGACACUACCUGGACACUCAAGUCAAGGGAAUGCUGAUCAGGCACAAGCUCGAACACAUUCAUCCUGCUGUAGCGCUGCACUUGGUGUAGAGGUAAUGGUGAAUUGGGAUAGUAGGUUGGAUUCCAGGUUGGGUUUACCGGAGCGCGAAACUUUUGGCGACAGUCCCUUCGAAAAUAAAGAACAAAGAAUAUCAACGUUUGAGCCGCUUCAAAAAAGUUUCAACAGGACCAAUGGUUCAAGCGAAAUCCUUGUUCUCAUUAGACACGGAGUACAGUGCAGAUUCUACCGAGUUCUGCCCAUUUCAAAAUAAAUCAAACUACCUUGCAUGCGGAACCUACCAAUUAUACAACGACCAAGAACAGAAUGACCAAGCCGCUGAGUCGGAUAAAGCUAUGCAGCGCAAAGGCCGAUUAUAUUUGUAUAAAUUAGAGAAAGACGACCAAAGCGUUCGUUUACAGCAGCAGCAGGCAUUGGAAACCCCUGCUAUAUUGGAUAUGAAAUGGUGCCAUCAACUCAUUGAGAACAAUCAAGUUCUUGGAGUUGCAGACUCGGUUGGCGGACUGUCUCUGUAUGGAUAUGACGAUAAUGAUUCCCCACAAUUUGAGAAGCUUCACUCAAUUCAAACGACAGAUCCUUCUGUUUUAUGUCUUUCACUAGACUGGUCAACCCGGAUCAGAGAUCGUACAUCCAAAACUCAGAUAGUGACAUCUCAUUCUUCCGGCGAAAUAACCUUGUUUGAUGUGAACUCUACUUCUGAUGUUACUAUUGUGGAGCAAUGGCAAGCCCAUGAUCUUGAAGCAUGGAUAGCGGCUUUCAAUUAUUGGCAAACGGAAGUGAUUUAUACUGGUGCGGAUGACUGUCUGUUCAAAGGUUGGGACAUGAGAAUGGGCGUUUCACAGCCAACAUUCACAAGUAAAAAACACGAUAUGGGCGUCACAGCCAUUCAAUCUUCUCCUCACACCGAGCAUAUUCUUGCCACGGGAAGUUACGACGAAAGGCUACGUAUUUGGGACACGCGUUCGAUGAGAGCGCCUCUGACCGAAAUAGAGACAGGUGGAGGAAUAUGGCGAAUCAAAUGGCACCCUACGAAGAAGGACACCUUGCUUUCAGCGUCGAUGCACGCGGGUGGUUUUGUAGUAAACGUUAAAGGCGGCUUGAUUGACAAUAGCGAAGAUAAAAUCCAAUGCGAGGUCACAACUGAAUUCCUCGAUCAUACAUCGAUGACAUAUGGUGGCGAUUGGGUAUAUAACCACGACGACGAUUUAAUAGCAACAUGUUCAUUUUACGAUCAUGUACUUCAUUUAUGGAAUGCGUGAAAUUGGUUUAAUGCUUUAUAAAAACAGAUAGAUAGGGUGAACUUUAGCAAAGUCUUUUAAUAACAAAGGUGUUAUUUCAAUUUACCAAAUUCAUGCGGC